AUUCCUUCCUUCUUUUUCCUCAUCUCUAUCCAUUACCACUUCUCUUUUUAAUAACUAUUCUUCUCAACAUUGAUUCCAAAAAAACAGAGUCAAUAUAAAUAAUAAUAAUAAUUAUGGCUUCUAUCCACGAUCUCUGCAAUCCUGAGCCAGCACAAGGAAACAGCUCGAAUCACCUUUCUUCUACUUCUACUUCUACUUCUACUUUUACUCCUGAUUCUGCUUCUGUUCCUGCUGGACCUGCUGGACCUGUUGCCCAUUAUCACCAUCAUUAUCAUCAUCCGUAUCCAGGAGCUCACCAACCAACUUCUUACCAAGUCCCUCCUCCACAUCAAAGCUCAAUGUCACACCUUCCCCCGUUCCGUCAUAACGACUAUCCGUACAGCAGAGACAACAGGGGACGUCACUCACACCACUUUCACCCAUAUCAAACUCCUCAUCAAGAUCAACAAUACCAGCACCAGCAUCAGCAUCAGCAUCAGCAUCAGCAUCAGCACCAGCAACGACAACAUCAUCCAUCGACUUCCUCACAGAAUCUUUCUAAUGCAUCUGCCCACCAUUAUCCGCCCUACGAUAAUAGCUGGCCAGGACAUGAAUAUGGUCACAAACCAUACCCAUUAAAUGAUAACACUCCAAUUCCGCAACCACAACCACAACCACAACCACAACCACAACCGCAGACACAGACACAGACACAUGGCCAUGAUCAUGGUCAUUACUAUCCCUAUCCUCCUUCACCAGGUAGCCAUCCUCAAUAUGCAGCUCCACUGCCACCACCGCCACCAUCUUCUUCUUCUUCUUCUACUACUACUACUUUUACUAUUACUGAUUCUCAAGCCGACUCUCGUUCAAUGGACUAUCCAGAAGGAUAUCGAAGAGAUCAUUCAAUCAAGAGGCAUAGCAAUGACAACCAUGAACAAUACCCUAUGAAGCAUCAGCACCACCAGCACCAGCAGCACCAUUCUCACUCUGUCGAGUUGGGGCGCAGUCAUCUAAGAAAUAUCAUUCCUAAAAGUAAUAACAAUCCUGACAAUGACCAAAAGACAUCAACCACAACAACCCAUCAUGUUUCUACAUCGCAUCUUGAUGAGCGACCUGUGCGGAUCAAAAUCGUACAACAACCACUUCAUGCACGAAUGUGUGGGUUUGGAGAAAAGGAUCGCCGACCGGUGGACCCACCUCCGAUCGUUCAGCUUUUCUUGGAUAAAGAAGAUGCACAGCAUCCAUUAAAACGUAUGCAACGUUCAAAUGCGACUGCUACUGCUACUACUACUGCUACUGCUACUACUUCUGCUGAUGCUACUUUAAUGACCAAGGAUACCAUAUCAUCUGCUUCGACGACAUCCAAAUCUGUCAACUCAAAAACGAAAAUGAAUCAUCAGCACCGUCAUCCUAAUGUGAGUGAUCCUGAACAUGAGACAGAUGAUGAUGAUGGAGUUCAAGAUAAUGAAGACAAUGAUGAGACUUUUCAACCAGAAGACAGCGAUGACAAUAAGACUAAAGAGGAAAAGGAAAGGGAAAGGGAAAGGGAAAGGGAAGGGGAAAAGAAGAAGAACGGGAGUAAGGCUGGUGAAAGACCCACUAGUCUUCGGGCUGUUGCCACUAUCACUACGACUAGUACUACAAUAACUACAAACGAAACUGAGGAUCUGAAGCAACAGCAGACAAAAGGAACGACGCCAUUCACUUUGGGUAAACGUGGUCGUCAAGAUAGGGACAAGGCUGAAGAAGGAAACGAAGACGAAGAAGAAGAAGAAGGACAGACGAAAGUGAAAAAGAGUCCCUCUGUCAUUGAUCGAGCCUAUGGUCAUGACAGUGGUCAUGAAGAUCAUGAGGAAGAUCAUGAAGAUGAAGAAGGAGAAGAAGAAGAGGAAGAAGAAGAAGGGGAUGGGUUUCAUGAUGACGAUGAAGAGCUUUCAGAACAAGAUCCAUUAUUUGUGUUACAUGCAUCUCUAUGGUCAGCCGAUGGUAAAGAAGUACGGAACAUGAUUGCGACACCAGGAAAGAUGGACCCUCCCAAGUUGACACGAAUCCUGAUGGGUUCCUUGGUCGUGUCACCGGUCCUGUUGAACAAUGCAGAAGGUGUACCGGGUUGGUACUUUAGUUUCCCAGACCUAAGCAUUCGAACUGAAGGAGUUUAUACACUCAAGUUCUCAUUAAUGCGGUUUGGAAGUUUUGAUUUCAUGAACAAUGAAGAUGGACAUGUAUCGACGUUGGUUGCAGAAGAGAUCAGUGAACCUUUCACGGUUUAUUCUGCAAAAAAGUUCCCGGGAAUGACAGAAUCCACUGAACUAUCAAAAGCAUUCGCGAAACAAGGCUUGAAAAUCCCAAUCCGCAAUGAUUUACGUGUGCGUAAAGUAGACAGAGAACGAGAUUAA